AUGUCCGCCGACUCUCAGGCUCUGACCAAGCGUCAAAGCGACACCAGCCUUAUGCCCCCGCCGCCGCCACCCAAGCGUAUCAAGCGGCCGGCCACUGUGUUGGACGAAGACGUCUACACCAAUGCUCUGUCGGAGAUCAUUGCACGUGAUUAUUUUCCCGGUCUUCUAGAAGCCCAGGUGAAGCAGGAAUACCUGGAUGCGCUUGAUUCGAGAGACAAACAAUGGAUUGCAAGCUCCAAGAAGAAAUUGACCGAUCUCUUGAAGACUCCAGGGAGAGCUCGAUCGCAUUCCGGAUCAGCCAGUAUGACACCGCGAGCCACCAAUUCGGGACGUCCUGAAGAUACCCCGAUGGGCUGGGGAGGAGAUACACCGAUGUCAGUCAUGUCAACAACAUCUUCAUCUACUACACCUAACGUUGACCAUGUUACGACCCCGGAUGUGUCCCGCCUUGGAUUGCUAGAGUUCCAGGCCAAAUAUACGAGCGAAGAUAAUGAGUCAUUCAACAAACUGCUCGAUAAACAGAAUGAAAAGCACCGCGAGAGAUAUAAAUGGUUGUGGAGUGGGAAUAAGAUCCCAACUGCGAGACAGAUCGCGCACCGGCGACAAGAAGCUAAACGGAUCGAGGCCCAGGGCGGUAAUCCAGAUCAGCUCAAGCAGAUAGCUAUAAAGACUGACCUGGACGCCCGGCCCGCGAAUCCAGACACUUGGAAAACUCAACCUGAGAACUCGCUCAUGUUUGCGCCUUCCUCCAUCGAGGAUUCAUAUGAAACUAUACAGCAAAAAGCUGAAGCAUCGUCGCGGGCAGGCCCCAAGCGGGUAGUGUUUCAGAACACACGGUUACCAGAUGAGAGCAUCCAGCAAACGUCAUCGGACGCAAAUGCACCCCCGCCCUCACCUUCGAUUUCGGCCAUCAAAGACGCUAUUGCCGGACACCCUCGUCCCACCGAAUCUGAAGCAGUAUAUACAGGGGGUGAGACGCCACGAGUUAAUGGGUACGCCUUUGUGGAUGAGGAUGAGCCUGAAUAUCCCCUCACUUCAUCAAAUGACAAUGACAAUUCUGCGAUAUCUCCGGAUGAUAUUCGCCUGCUUGGCGGCAGUGAUGCCACGCCGAAUCCUUUCGAGAUCAAAGAAAACCGGAGACGGGAAGAUAUUCACCACCGCAUGGUAGAUCGCGUAGCGAGGUCUAAGCGAGCAGAGAAAUCCCUUCGUGAGACAAAGACCCCCGUAACGCCACGGUUUGCCAGCAGCCCACGAUUGGACUUUGGUUUGCGCACGCCAGGUGCAGCUACGCCAGGAGGGAGGACGAACAAAGCGUUGACUCCCGCAGCACAGAAGUUACUCCAUCAGGUGGGAAGUACUCCUCGUCUAGCGGCAUCAUCCUCGAGCUCAUCUCUGAGGAAUAUGUGGACACCGACCCCGAAAAGGGGCAAAUAA